AUGUCUGACCCUAUUUCGAUACCGAAAAGCAAGUCACAGCCAGAUCAUUUAGAGGAAUACGCCACAAAGCCCAACGCCGACAUCCUCCACGCGAUUGCCAAUGACCAGGAUGGAUCUUCAAACUCAGCACUUGACACUUCCCUGUCAUCCAGUAAUGGGCUUUCACGAUCAUCCUCGUUUGGGACGAGCAGCUCUUUCCAGGAAGAUUGGGAGCCCUUUCCCCCGCUCGACAAACUCACGGUGUUUGAUCUUCUAGGGAACCUUGAUCUUCCCCAAAAGCUAGAAAAAUGGCAGAAUACAUUGACCUUGCAGAAGGAGAAGGUUAAGAAACAACAGGAAAAGCUGAAAAACACAGGCAUCCAUGCGAAGCAAAGGGUUGUGGGGGAGUGGCGCAAGCGUGUCCCGUCUUCAGAUGAGCAGUUGGAGAAAUACCGGAAACGGAUGAAGGAUUCUGUUGAGCGGCUAGGUGCUCGUUGGAAUGAUACUGCAACGGUUACCGCCCGAGAGAAAAUUUCCUUUAUUGCGGGUGUCCUCAAUAUUCUCAUCAGUGGAUAUUUGCUUGGUGCUUACCCGCAUCACUUCUUCUACUGGUACACGGCCCAGUUUUUCUAUUUCAUGCCAAUACGCUAUUACACCUAUCGCAAACGUGGGUACCAUUACUUCCUGGCUGAUCUCUGCUACUUUGUCAACUUUUUGACGGUCUUGGCUAUUUGGGUGCUGCCGGGCUCGAAAAGAUUGUUCCUCAGUACAUACUGCCUUGCGUAUGGAAAUAAUGCUAUUGCUAUUGCUAUGUGGAGGAAUUCAUUGGUGUUUCACAGUUUUGAUAAAGUUACCAGCCUGUUUAUUCAUAUUAUGCCUCCAGUUACCCUUCACUGCUUGAUUCAUAUGACUCCCCCUGAUAUGCUGCUCAACCGAUUCCCUGCCAUCUACAGCAUCAAAUUUAGCAAGCCAGGUAGCCCAGAACAUUAUUCGCUGGCCGCAAUGAUGAUAUGGGCUACCGUCCCUUAUGCUGUCUGGCAAUUAUCGUAUCAUUUCCUCAUCACGGUUCGUCGCCGUGAGAAGAUUGCAGCAGGACGGCCAACCAGCUUUACUUGGCUUCGAAAGUCUUACGCCAAAACCUGGAUUGGAAAAUUCGUUCUCAGCCUCCCGCUAUCUUUGCAAGAGCCAGCUUUCAUGUUUAUUCAGUAUAGUUAUGCGCUGCUAACUAUAACGCCAUGCCCGUUGUGGUUCUGGUACCGUUGGGCUAGUGCUCUUUUCUUAAUGGGUGUAUUUUCCUGGAGUGUCUACAACGGCGCGACAUAUUAUAUUGACGUGUUUGGCAAAAGAUUCCAAAACGAGCUGGAGCAGCUUAAGAAAGAUGUUGCCAAAUGGCAGACUUCUCUCGAAGGUGGCUCGACUAGUCCCACGUUAGUUCCAGGCAAUGGCAAACUAUAUAGUCAUGAUGAUAUGGAAAUCAAACAAACUGAUACUCCAGCCCACAGCGCAGUCAGCCAGAUUCCGCUGCUUGACCCGCAGUCCACCAGUACAAGUGUGGAGCCUCUUCCAACUUCUGGCCUCUACUCUAGAACCUGA